UACGUCAUGUGACAGCCCCACGUGACCGGAUCUCAGUUGAAAGUCAAACAGCACUGCGGCUCCUCAGCAUGGCGGCCCUGGUGGGACGUAGAGCCUUAAUACAAGCCUUGGACAGCGCGUCCAGACUUUCCGUGUCCCCGUCCUGCAUGAGACAGUCCGGUCUCUCCCGCGGACCGGCGACACGACUCUACAGUUCCGAGUCCAAGGAUGACCUGCGCGUCAGAUACCUGGACGGAGAGGACUCCGGUAUUGUUGUUGUUGGGUUAAAUCGACCUAAAGCUAAAAAUGCAAUCAGCAAGAAUCUCGUCAAAAUGAUGUUUGACACGGUGGAGGACAUUAAGAAGAACAACAAAGUGCGCAGCGUCAUCAUUUGCAGUGUGGUUCCUGGAGUCUUCUGUGCAGGUGCAGACCUGAAGGAGAGAGCAAAGAUGCAUCAGAGUGAAGUGGGGCCGUUUGUGUCCAAAGCCCGGGCGCUCAUCACAGAGCUGGGUAACCUUCACGUCCCGACCAUCGCUGCGAUUGACGGAGCAGCUUUAGGAGGAGGUCUGGAGAUGGCGCUCGCCUGUGACAUCAGAAUUUCCUCGAACAAUGCCAAAAUGGGACUGGUGGAGACCAAACUUGCGAUUAUUCCCGGAGCAGGAGGGACGCAGCGUCUCCCUCGUGUCAUCAGCGUCUCUCUGGCGAAGGAGCUAAUCUUUGCGGCGCGGGUGAUAGACGGGAAGGAGGCUCAUCGUCUGGGUCUGGUCAGUCACUCCGUGGAGCAGAAUGACAGCGGAGACGCUGCGUACCAGCGCGCUCUGGAGCUCUCACGGGAGAUCAAUCCUCAGGGUCCAAUUGCUGUCAGGAUGGCAAAACUGGCGAUCAACCAAGGGAUCGAGGUGGAUCUGGCCACAGGUCUUGCGAUUGAAGAGGCGUGCUAUGCCCAGGUGAUCCCGACUAAAGACCGUCUGGAGGGUCUGGCUGCCUUUAAGGAGAAGAGGCGCCCUCAGUUUAAAGGCGAAUGAGGCGUCUCUGCCUUCAGCUCUCAUUCUGCUCCACUGCUUCAACAUAUAACCUGGGGGACUCUGUACACGUCAACACAUCAUCCUGUACAGACCCCAGAGGAUGAGCGUGUGACUGCAGGACCCCUGGAGCAUCCUGAUGGCUGAGUUCAUGUUUAAAGCAGCUGCUGGGUGUGUCAACUGACGCUGAGGGUUCAGAGAAACAAAGGACACUAACAUGCUUUAACUCACUCUACAUCUCAGCAGAGGAACAAAUGACUUACAUACUAACAUUAAUAACUUCUCAUCUGCAGAAUGACCAGCAGGUAGUCUCUAACGGAAGCAACCAUGACUCCUUAACCAAUCAGAAAGCCAUAAAAAUUCCAACACAUUCAGACUUUUCUUUUGAUUUUACUGCAGUAGAAAUAUUAAAAACACUAAAUAACAUCAGAAAUCAUGAAACAGACACAGUCACAGCUGGAGGAUGUCUGAGAAGUGGGAGGUUUGGAUUUAAGACUUGGUUAACAUAAACACGGUUUAUACACAGAAAAUUUUCUCUGACUUUCGUGCCUCCUCGUCUCUGUUGCAAUGAUAAAUAAAGUGACCUGGGAGAAAUCUGAAAACACCACAGAGGGCGAAAAAGAGAGGAAACUUCCAUGAAUCAAAUUGUCUACCUUUAAAGGUGCUUAGAUGACAGAAACAUCCUGCUGAUUGUAACUAAAGACCACAAAUCAGAUUUCCCAAAUAGGUUUUUACUAAAAACUAACCCUGACUUGAAACUUCAGGGAAGUCUACCCUUCGCAGAGCCACGGUCUGUCAAAUGACACCACUGACUGUAAAGAAAGAUGGAUGACAGGUCUCCACCUCCUCUUGUUGUACAAAAGUGAAGCUAAAACUCCCCUGAGACAGGCUCUGACAUUUGGUCAUUUGGAGCCUCUGCAGUACAGAUCAGCUGGUUGCACCGCUGUAUUUUCAUCCCGCAUCUUCCACUAAUCAAAAAAUAUUGACCUUGUUGCUAAUAUGUGGUCAUACCAUCAGGUGGGUCUAGUCCUCAGGUGGGUCCAGUCCACAGCGUCACAGAUUCUUGUGUGGGUUUGAAGCAGAAACUCACGGUUAUGGGAAGUUUAAUGACUCUUGUGUUAGUGUUUGUUAACACAGGAGCCUCAUUGGUCAACACAGCUGUCAAUCAUUGCCUUAAUAUGGAAGAGGUUGAUUUUUAAGUCCCGCCCUUUUCUCUCAAAAUUCUGUCUUUAAGAUCAAAGACAACAUUCUAGAAUUCUGCAUUUAAGAUCAAAGACAACAUUCCAGAAUUCUGCAUUUAAGAUGGGCUUUAUGACCUAUACUGCAACAUGGGGCGACCUAAAUGUUUUGGCUUCACUUUUGAGGAGCUGUCAUGUCAUCCACCUUUAAUGCAGGUGCACCAAACAUCUUGAACGCAGCAGAAUAAGAAAACCACUUGAAGUUUUCCCUUGAUCAGUUCUGCUGAUAUAGACCAUCUAAACUUGUUAAAGCCAUGGAAAAAGUUUUUUUGUGGACUUUGAGCUGUAGUAGUUUUUUCUCUCUGACAUAUCAUAAGUUUAUUUUUUAAUCAAAGUAUUGUUUAAUUCGGAAAUGCUGAUAAAAUAUAUGUAUUAGUAUACAUGUUCUGUUUCAGGACUUACAAAUAUGAGGCCAUAAAUUGUGAACUGGUCCUUUACCAGCAGAGAAUGUAAACACACCUUAACUUGUUUACCUGAGGCCUUGUGUGUUCGAGUCGGAUGGUUGUUGAAAUGUUGAGUGUGGAGAGCAGCCAUCGGUCCUGAUUUACGUCCUCUGAGUUGCCUUAUUUCUUUCUUCUGUCUUAGUUUUAGUCUGAGUUGAUUUCUGUUGCACAGUUUGUCUCAUCAAUGAAGAGCCUCAGGCUGAGUCGAUGAGUGAAUCAGUCGCUGUAGAGAUGAUCUGAUGAUAUUUCAGAAGGAGAAGUGAAGCCUGUGAGAACAGCUGUGAAUAAAUCUGUCACACAGACGUGCUGCAGUCUGA